GCGGCGGCAGAGCCGCUGGUCUCCUGUGACGUCACAACUCUCUGCUUUGCAGUUCUGCAGCCACCGAGCUUGCCUUCCCAGCUCCGGAGCUGCAACCCUCCGCCUAGGUGCACGGCAACUCUCUCGGUGCACGCUUUGCAACUACGCACCUGGAAACAUGGCGGAGCAGUCCGAGAGCGGGGGUCUCCGCAGCCCCCAGGCCGAGGGAUCGGCGGGGGGCAGCCGUGACGGUGAGCCCCAGAUCUUGAGCGCCUCCCAGGAGCUCGCGAGGGCUCGGGCCAAAGCCCUUGCAAGGGAGCGCAGGGUCCUUCGCCUCCUGGAUCGCACGGUGGCCACGCUGGUGAGGUUUCUGCUGCUGAGGCACCAGAAAAAGACCCCCAUCACUCGCGAGGAGAUGAUGAAAUGCGUGGGGGAAGACCUGAAGCGUCUGUUCCCCGAGAUCGUAGCCAAGGCCUCGAUGAACCUGCGGUACGUCUUUGGUUUCGAGCUCAAAAUGCACGAUCUCAAGAGCCACACUUACAUCCUGGUCAACAAAAUCGGAUCUCUGUUGGAAGAUGAGGAGGAGGAGUUGAUGAAUCUGGGAGUCGAUGGCCCCAUCUUGGGUCUCUUAAUGAUGAUCUUGGGCCUUAUCUUCAUGAAAGGUAAUAGAGUCAGGGAGUCCCAGGUAUGGCAGUUGCUGCGUCGCCUGGGGCUGCCACCCACAAAGUAUCACUCCCUCUUUGGGUACCCCAAGAGGCUUAUCAUGGAAGAUUUCGUGCACCAGCAAUUCCUCACUUACAGGUGGGUGCCUAACAGCUGCCCACCGGAAUGUGAAUUUUCCUGGGGUCCCCGAAGCAACCUUGAAAUCAGCAAGAUGAAAAUCCUAAGGUUCGUGGCCAAGCUGCAUAAGAAACAACUUCAGCACUGGCCCGUUCAAUACCAAGAGGCCCUGGCGGAUGAGGCUGAGAAGGAAAGAGCCAAGGCUCAGGGCCAGAGCCAGCCUAGUCUUAGGAUCAAGACCAGGGCAAGGGCCAGCGUUCACUCCUGGGUAGGUGGGUGGAAAAGUCUCCCGAGGGCCUGAUAGAGUGUCUAGCCAUUAUCUUAGAAACAAUCAUUCUGGGGGAGGUGGGAGGGGUGAAUGGUUAUUCUGUCGCAGUUGUAAUUGUCUAACUAGAGUGUAGGUUUUGUAUCUUGCAUUAUUUACUAUACUGUAAAAUUGUUUAUACAUGAGUUCGGUCUACUUUUAUAGGUAGGGUUUCAUUGUAAUCUUUGCUGAUUUUGUAAAAUGAAUUGGAAAACGUUGCCAUUUAUUCUGUAUUAUUUUGUAAUCCUACAGAUGCCAUGCUGCAUUGUAAUGUUAUGCUUUGAGGGUGCUCAGAAGUAUGA